AUGUAUCAACAACCACAUAAUAAUAGUCAAAGUAAUGAUUUAAGACAUAUUAGUAUGUCAUCAAGUGUUUAUUCACCUAUUGAAACUGAAUUUAAACCAAAUUAUAAUACAAUAAAUGAAGAAGAAGAUGAAGAAGAACAAAUUAUAGAUAAUACUCAGAAUAGCCAGAAUAAUAAUUACUACAAUCAACAGGAGAACUACCACCAAGAACAAACAAAUUCAAAUAGAUCAUCUUCUGAUGAUAAUCAUUAUGGAUUAAAUCCUGAUUUAUCUUCACAAACUAUUCAAACUUUUAUGACUGCAAAUACAAGAUUACCUGAUGAACAACAACAACAACAAUACCACCAAAACUCGAUGUCAAAUUAUUCCUCAAUAAAUACAAGUAUAAAUGAAAUAAUAGAUAAUGAUGAAACUCCAAUAUUACAAUCAUCUGCAAAAAAUAAUGAUAAAACUCCAUUAGUUGAUCAUAAUGGAUUUUUAAUAAAUGAAAAUUCAAAUAACAAUAAUAACACUUACAACAACAACAAUGCAUUAGAAGAACCUUCAAAUGUAUCAUCAUCUAAAUUCCUACCACAAAGAAAAUUAAGUAAUAAAUUCAAAAGAUUAUCAUUAAAAUUACAAAAUACAAUAGCUUCUGAAAAUUCUUAUCAAUUUAUGAAUAAUUUUCAUCAAAAUAUUGAAAAAGCAAAUAAAUCAACUAUAGACACAAAUACAUCUACGUCAAGAACAAGUAAUUAUUAUAAAAAAAUAAAUGAUAAAAAUUCACCAACUGAUUCUUAUUCUUAUAAUGAUUCAAAUAAUAUUGAACAACCAAAAUCUGCGGGUGAUAAUGAAGAAGCUGAAAAAACUAUUAUAAUCUCAAAUAAUGAUCAAAUAUCAGAAAUAAGUUCAAUAAGUACAACUGCUUCAAGUAAUCAAAGUUUAACAAGUAUUAAUAACAGUGCUAAUGAUGAAAACUUAAAUAAUUCAAAUUCAAAUAAUAUCAAUACAAAUACAAAUUUUAAAUAUCAAUUAAAAAAUGAAUUUCCAUCAAGUUAUAAUAUUGGAGGUACACAAGUUUCUGAUGAAAUUCCAAUAAGAAAAGAUUUAAUUCAAACUCCAAUUGAUGAAAAAUUUCAAAUUUAUAAUAAUUCAAAAGAAACAAUGUCACAAUCUGGUGGAUUAAAUAUUAUAUAUGAUAAUAAUACAAUUGAUAAUAAUAAUACUACUACUACUACUAACACCACAACUCCCAUCACCACUAAAACAAUCACCCCACCAACAAGAGAACCAAGUAAAAAAAGUAAUACACUGGAAUCCAUAGAAGAAGAAGAAUUAUCAUCAUUAUUUAUAAGAGCAUUACAUCCAUUUGAUUCAUCAACUUUAAAAUCAGAUUCAGAUGCUUCAAUUUGUUUAUCAUUUGAAAAAAAUGAUUUAGCAUUUGUUCAUACUAUUGAUGAAUCAGGAUGGGGAGAAGUUACAUUAAUUGAAUCAUUACAAAGAGGUUGGAUACCAAUGAAUUAUUUUAAUAUUGCAAUAUCUGAUAAAUCUUUAGAAAAAGAUGGAGAGGAAGAUACUGAAGAAGAUAAUAUUGAAUUUCCUAAUAGUCAUUAUUUAAAACCACUUUUAAAUGCUUGUGGUAAAUUUUUAAUUAACCCCUUAAGUCAUAAAAAUAGAAAAGGUAAAUAUACUUUUUCAAUAAGAAUUAUAAAUUCAAUAAGAGAUGGAGUAAGAUUAUUAUUACAAGAAACUGAUUGUUUAUCAAGAUCAAAUGAAUUAGUUACAAAAAGAACAAUUGUUAGAAAAUCAAGAAAAUCUUUAUUAGCUGAUUGGUAUAAUUUAAUGGUUAAAGCAAAUGAAUUUAAAGGUACAUCAAAUUUUAAUAAAAUUGAAAUUUUAACAUUAAUGAUUUAUCAAGUUACAAGAAAAGCAAUAAGUUUUUUACAAAUUUGGUCAAUUGAAAGUAAAGAAAUUAUAAAAAGAAGUAAUGAAAAAAAAUUAUAUGAUGAUUUAAAUAAUUAUCCAUUAUUAGAGACACCACCAUUAGCAAAACAAAGAAUUACUGAAAUUAAUGGAAUAUUAUAUUCUUAUUUAGGUUUAAUUAUUGGUAGAUUAGAUUUAAUUGAACAUAAUCAAUAUGGUUGUGAAAUUUUAGAAACUAUAGCUCAUCAAAUUAUUUUGCUAUUAAGAGAAUUAUUAUUUAUAUCCAAAACAGGUUCUGAUUUUAGUUCUAAAAAGCCAGAAGAUUUAGAUCAAUCAUUAGAUAAUUUAUUAUCAUUAGUUAGUGAUUUAGUAUCUGGAGUUAAAAAUUUAGUUGUAAAAACAUUAAAUGAAAAUUUAACAACUAAUGAUGAACAACCUUUCGGUAGUGGACCUAAUUUUAAAGGUGAAAGAGAUUAUUUUUAUACAGAAGAAGGUGGAAAUUUAUUAUUAAUUGCAUCAAAAAUGAUAAAAUCAAUAAAUCAAACAAUUUAUUCAAUAAGAAAUCUUUUGGAAUUAACUGGUGAUUUUAAAUUAAAUUCUGAACGUUCUUAUCCUGAUUAUUCAAAAAUUAAAAUUGAACCUCAAGAAUUUGUAAAAAAAUGUAUGAAAGGUAUUAAAAUGAAGACGAAUAAGAGAGUACCUCCAUUAACUUCAAAUAAUAAUGUCAUUAAUAACAAUAAUCAUGCUAGUGUUAGUCAACCUUAUAAAGCUAAUAGAUAUUCAAUGGUAAGAUCAGGUAAAACUGGUGAUUUAAGUUUUACAGAAAAUGGAAUAAAUUUAUUACAACAAUUUGAAAAUUCUCCUUUUACUGUAUCAGCAGCAGAAUUUCAACCAUUUACAUCAGAAAAUGGUAAUAAUAAUAAUAAUAAUAAUCAACAUAUAAGUAAUAAUAAUGGGAUAAAUUCAACGUUAGAUUUAUCAAAUGAAUUAGUAACUGAUAAAAAUGGUUAUUUAAUUGGUGGAUCCUUUAAAGGAUUAGUAUAUACAUUAACCAAUGAAGAUUCACCACCAGAACAUUUUUUUAUAUCUACAUUUUUUAUAUGUUUUAGAAGUUUUGCAAAUGGGAUAGAUUUAAUUGAAGAAUUAAUAACAAGAUUUGAAAUUAAUCAGCAACCUCAAACUAAAAUAGAUAUAAAUUAUGAAUUAAAAUUGAAAAAAAGAAGAAAAUUAAUUAUAAAAAUGUUUCAAUUAUGGAUGGAAAGUUAUUGGAAUCAUGAAAUGGAUUAUAAUUUAUUAACUACUUUAAUUAAUUUUUUUAAUGAAGGAAUAUCAAUAUACUUACCAUUUGAUUCUUUAAAAUUAAUUGAUAUUGGAGCUAAAUUAUCAUCAAAUCCAUUAAUAGAAAAUAGAAAUAGAAAAAAUAAACCUAUAAAGCAAUUAGUUGAAAAAUCUAUAAUUAUUUCAAGAUCUCCUUCAACUACAAGUUUAAAUUCAUUAACUGGUUCAUCUUCAUCUUCAUCUUCAACAGCUUCUGAAUUUAAUUUAUCAAGAGUUAAUUCAAAUUCUUCAAGUAUAAAAUCAUUACCGAUAAAUAAUAUAGAAAAUGCAUCAAAAACAACAUCAUUAUUAUCAAAAAAUCAAAUUCAAACAAUUGAAAAAAUUAUAUUAACUUAUAGAUCAAUAUUAGGAGAAAGUUGGUGUUCUCAGAAAUAUAUAAAUACAUAUAAAUCAUUAGAUUUAAAUAAUUUAUUAAAUCAUUUUACAAUAAUAAAUGAACAAAAUUGGGUAUUAACAAAUUAUAGACCUAACUUGUUAGAUUUUAAUGGAUUAGAAAUUGCAAAACAAUUAACGAUAAUUGAAUCAACAAUUUUUAAUUCAAUUCAACCUGAAGAAUUAUUAAAUCAAAAUUUUACAAAUAAAAGAUCUCAUUUAAAUUUAUCACCAAAUGUAAGAUUAUCAUUAUUAUUUACAAAUUGUUUAUCAAAUUAUGUUAUUGAAUCUAUAUUACAACCUAAUUUAACAUUAAAAGAAAGAAUAAAUAUUGUUAAAAUUUGGUUAAAAAUUUCAAUAAGUUCAUUAUAUUUAAGAAAUUUUAAUAGUUUAGCAGCAAUAAUUACAUCAUUACAAAGUCAUUUAAUUACUAAAAUUUCAGCAAUUUGGCAAAAUUUAUCAUCAAAAUAUAUUGAAUUAUAUAAUUAUUUAUCAUCAAUAAUAAGUAUUGAAAAAAAUUAUUUAAAUUAUAGAACCAAAAUAAGAAACUUGCUAAAUUCAAAUGAAAAAAUACCCAUAGUACCAUAUAUAAAUUUAUUUAUAUCAGAUAUAACAACAACAACAGAAGGUAUACCGAAAUAUAUUCCAUCCCCAAAAAAUUUCUUAAAUAGAAAAGUUAUAAAUUUUCAAAAAUUUUCCAAAAUAAUUAAAAUUAUUGGUGAUUUACAAAAAUUACAAAUUCCUUAUAAUUCUAGUGAUGUGGAUAUGUUAGAUUAUAAAAUUGAAAAUUUAUAUGGUUUACAAGAAUUAAUAUUAUUGGAAUUAUGGAAAAUUAAUAUCUUAUAUAAAAAUGAUGAUGAUCGUGGUUGGAAAUUAAGUUGUGAAUUAAAUAAUAAAUAG